AGCAAAGGCAGCUUUUGGAGCGUGUGGCCGGCUUAUUUGCUAGCAGGACUGGUCGGUGAUUCUCCAGGGCAGCCAUGGCAGAGCCACAGCCAGCGUCCAGUGGCCUCACUGAUGAGGCUGCCCUCAACUGCUGCUCUGCCCCAGACCCAAGCACCGAGGAUUUGCUACUGCAGCAAACGAUGCUAAGAAUUAAGGAUCCUAAGAAGCCCCUGGAUUUUUAUACGAAGGUUCUUGGACUGAUGCUUCUCCAGCAGCUUGACUUUCCUCCUAUGAAGUUCUCGCUCUAUUUCUUAGCAUACGAGGAUAAGAAUGAUAGCCUCAAGGACAAGAUGGAGAGGACAGCAUGGACUUCUACCAGAAAGGCUACCCUGGAGCUCACACACAACCGCGGCACUGAAGAUGAUGAGACCCAGAGUUAUCGCAACGGCAACUUGGACCCUCAGGGAUUUGGUCACAUUGGCAUUGCCGUUCCUGAUGUCUAUGGGGCCUGUAAGAGAUUUGAAGAACUAGGUGUCAAGUUUGUGAAGAAGCCUGAUGAUGGGAAAAUGAAAGGUCUGGCAUUCAUUCAAGAUCCUGACGGCUCCUGGAUUGAAAUUCUGAUCCUAACAAAAUAG